GAGCUGAAGAGCGUUGGCCUGGAUCUUUCCCAUGAUGCAGCAGACCUGCCUAUCAACAGGCCCAAAAACAGAUACACCAACAUCCUGCCCUACGACUUCAGUAGGGUGAAGUUGAUCUCGAUGCACAACGACGAAGGUUUAGACUACAUCAACGCCAACUACAUACCUGGUUACAAACACACUAAAGAGUACAUUGCCACUCAGGGUCCACUGCCAGAAACUCGAAACGAUUUCUGGAAGAUGGUUCUGCAGCAGAAAUCUCCGAUCAUCGUCAUGCUCACACAGUGCAACGAACGACGCCGGGUGAAGUGCGAUCACUACUGGCCGUUCACAGACGAACCGGUGAUGUACGGAGAGAUCAGCGCCGAGAUGCUCUCAGAGACGGAAUCUCCAGAGUGGAUCAUCAGGAAGAUCAGACUGGGAUAUGCCGAUGAGUCUCAGGACAUCCUCCAUCUAAACUACACCUCGUGGCCCGAUCACGGCGUCCCAACGGUCAACGCCAUCGAGAGCAUCCUGCAGUUCGUCCACAUCGUCCGUCAGCAGGCCAACCGGACCAAAGACCCCAUCAUCGUCCACUGCAGCGCUGGAGUCGGCAGGACGGGGACCUUCAUCGCUCUGGAUCGUCUGAUGCAGCACAUCAGAGAGCACGAGUUCGCCGACAUCCUGGGCAUGGUGUCCGAGAUGAGAUCCCACCGUCUGUCCAUGGUCCAGACCGAGGAGCAGUACGUGUUCAUCCAUCAGUGCGUCCUGCUCAUGUGGCAGAAGAAGAAGCAGCAGUCCAUCACCUCUGAUGUCAUCUACGAGAACGCCAGCAAGACAUAAUGACGGCGGCUCGUUCACACGCUGCGAACACACCGGCCUCCUGUGCUUCAGGCAUCCAUUCUCUGCAGAAGAAGAUCCGCUUCAUCAUCAGUAUCAAAAUAAAAACAACAGCCUAACAUCUCGACGACAAGAGGAAAAAAAAAUCCAGUAUUAUGUUUGAAUUAAAGCAUGGGACGGGGAUCUGCCUUAAAGAGCCGAACUGACGAACAAACACACCCUGAACCCUCUGAACCGGACUGAUUCAACGUGUGUGUGUGUGGGGGGGGGGAGUCAGGGGAGCGUUAACGAGCUCCGUCCUGUGAUUGGAUGUCUACACUGUGUCCGUCCCUGUUCAGAUGACGUGAGGAGGCGAGUCGGUGGAGCAGAGUCAGCAGUUUUAUUUACAUUGUUUUUGUUUUAAUCUCAGGAGUAGCUGAAAAACCAGCGAGAACGCUGGCCUCUUCCUCCACUCCGACCGUCAUUCAGCAUCCGUUAGCUCUAGGUUUUAGUGUAGCUAGAAUGAAUCACCUCUCAGCAGUGAGCAGCUGUCCUGGUGAUGAAACGACCGAAUUGUAGGCGGUAAAUUUCAACGUUACACUGCCAAACAUUCAAAACACCGACUGCUAACAUGCUAGCCAACUGCCAGGACUGCUGCAUGGAUCACAUUCACUGAAGAACCCAGCAAGCAUUCAACAAAGGACAAAGUUCUGGAAAUAUUAGCACAAAAUUUUAAAUUUUAUAUUAAAGCUGAUUUUAAUCAAA